CCCUAGUAUUUAUAAAACUGAGCUUUUAAAAACAUUUAUAUAUUUUAAGCAUCUCUGUCAAAGCAAAAAUAUAAUUAUACAUUUUUUUUCCUCAUGUAGAAGAUGAUUUGUUCCAAGAUAAGAAGCGGCACCGCAUAGUCCAAAAUAGCAGUAGUGAAGAAGAAAUGGAACCAGAGGAACCACUUCCAAGUCCACCUAGUCCAGAGAUGAUGCCCACUGAUGCUGAUAUCAAGGAUGACGCAAGGGAAGAAGGUUCAGCUGUAGAAAAUGGCAGUAAGCAAAACACUGAAGAAACAGCAGCAAGAGAAACAGAAUCUAGAAUUGUCGUUAAUAAAGAUGGAAAACGAAGGAAACGGAUAAAAAGACAGAAAAACAAGAGGUUUUUGGAUGAUGAAGGUUUUAUGGUGACAAAGAAAGUUAUGGUCAGUGACUCAACUGAUGUCUCUGAUGAGGAAACAGAAAAAAACUCUAAACCUCCAACAACAGCUGCACCUCUUGUACUGUCAGCUGCUCAGCUCAAGAAACCUGUCUCGAAAACAAGUGUUCCUGAUAAAGGACAGAAGAAGCAGUCAUCCUUGAUGUCAUUUUUCAACAAAAAAUAAAUACAUUGUUCAG